AUGCCCUCCUCGUCCGGCCGCAACCCUGCGCGCCCCCAUGCAGCCCUGCUCCGGUGCUCCGCUGCCGCCUACACGCUGCCGCAUCUGCCGCUGGCGCCCGCGGCCACCUGCGUCCGCGCGCGUCCACCUCCAUGCUCCCGCGCACCCGUAGCCUACCUCCCGCUCGCCCCUGCUGCUGCCGCCGCAUCGUCGCCUCGCGGCGCUCCCAGCCCCUGCAGCUCCUUCCCCGUGCGUCGCGCCGUUGCUUCUCCCCUAUUGCGUCCUGUCCGUCGCGCCGCCCUGCGACCACGCGAGCGCGCGCACUCGCGGCUACACCUGCAUUGCCGCGCGUCGAGCCCGCCUGGCCGUGCUCCCCGCUCCCUCUGCUCCGCCCGCCACGGCCCCGUUCACCUCGCCGGCGGCCUUGCCUGGCCUCGCAGCUGGCUGGACCGCCCGGGUCUAGGCGUCCCCGCUCGCCGCACCCUGCGCCCGAUAGCCCGGCGCCCGCUAGCCCCCCUGCCUAUGACAAAGAGGCCCCAGCCCAGAACGACUAGAAAAAAAGAAUUUUAA